AUGUCCACAGAAACAGAAUCCAACUACUUCAGCAGCUACCCUCCUCCCAAAGCCCUCCAACGCCAUGAAUCGCUCACACGAGCCUUUGUCCAGCUGCAACUGGAGAAGAAACGUCGUGUCGUGUUGGUGACAAGUGGUGGCACAACCCUCGAGAACCAAACAGUCCGCUUCAUCGACAACUUCUCCGCCGGCACGCGCGGUGCCUCCUCCGCAGAACAAUUCCUCGAAAACGGGUACGCCGUGAUAUUCCUGCACCGCCAAUUCUCCCUACUCCCUUACUCUCGGCACUACAGCCACUCCACAAACUGCUUCCUCGACUUCAUGGACGAAGACCCCGCUACCUCGUCAAUCGUCGUGCGCGAUGAAUACCAAUCCUUCAUGCGCGACGUUUUGCGGAAAUACCGCUACGCAAAGGAGAAUAAUCUGUUGCUAGUACUGCCCUUUACGACGGUGACGGAAUACAUGUUUGAGCUUAGAGCGCUGGCGCACGUAAUGAAACCGCUGGGCGCUAAUGCAUUGUUUUAUUUGGCGGCGGCGGUUAGCGAUUUUUUUAUUCCGAGGGAUAGGAUGGCGGAGCAUAAGAUUCAGUCGUCGGAGAUUCCUGCUCAUCUCACCAGCAGCACCGGCACAUCAGCGCCGGUGGCAGCGUCAGCGGAGGACACAAUUCAAGACGACGAUGUAUACACAGGCUAUAACGAGGAACCAUCAACAACAGCCGCAGAAGAAGAGCACCGAUCCAAAAAGUUAAUCAUCGACCUUGACCCCGUGCCCAAAUUCCUGCACCGGUUGGUGGACGGCUGGGCGCCAGAGGGUAGUUACAUCGUCUCCUUCAAGCUCGAGACUGAUCCCUCAUUACUGGUAUACAAAGCUCGUACAUCGCUGCAGCGAUACGCUCAUCAUCUCGUUAUUGGCAAUUUGCUCUCUACACGGAAGUGGGAAGUCGUGUUUGUCACACCCGAGGAGCCGCAUGAGCGGUGGAUCAGAGUGCCGAAGGCGAAGAGGAGUAAAUCGAUUUCGGGGAGUGAGAAUCAGAUUGGUCUUGCGGAGAAGGUCUUCCAUCCUCAAUUGUCCCAAGGGGACGAGGAAAAGAGGGGGGAAGACGGUGCGGAGUUGGUACCUGAUGGAGGGCUCGAAAUUGAGAGUUUGAUUAUCCCCGAGUUGGUGAAAUUGCAUACUAAGAGGAUUGAAUCUAGACAAUAA